AGCUGAUGCCAUGUAUCUAUAAGAUGAAAGUAUAGUCUAAAAUGGAGCAUUAACUGAUGAAAUAACCCGUUUCAUCAAUUUAGAUUCUACGACUAGCCGUUACAUUGCUAGCUCUGCCAAAAAGCUCCCCAGCGCCAACUUCUCACAUAUAUAGUUUUGUCCAGCCAGCUACUAUCCAACAUGCCAGGCCCCGUAGCCACCGAGGUAGUCAGCUUGGUCAGGGCUACGAUGUCGAAAUUGGAAAGCGUUGGUGACAUCUAUGGAGACACCGACAACGCCGAGGGCCUUCCGCCUGCGUUCCACGACGUGGGCAAACAUGUAUCAACUGUGUACCACGCACUCAAAAUGAGUAAAGAACAAAUAUUGCAGAGGAAAGAUGACAGUAGUUGUGCAGAAAUGAAACCCAGUGCGGAAGACUGCAAACGCAAAGCAGACUGCUUGGAGAAGUUGUUCUCGAAAGUGGUUCCGUCGGCUGCUAAUGAGAAGAUGGAAAACUAUCGCAUGGCUGUGCGUGAGCUGGGCAAUGAGAGUCGCGUAGAGUCUCUCAUGAGGGAUGCGAUGGAAGAUGUAAAGCUCUUGUUGACAGUGGACGAUGAGAUGCAGCUGGCGACCAAGUCGCAGCUUGAGUUACUUGUUAAGUCUAUAGAAGAAGUGUCCGCAAUUCCGCAAUCGCUGCAGGACGAGGGCCCUACUUUGAGGAUUCAAAACAAUGGUUCAGGCCCUCAAAAUGUAAGUACGGGUAAUGGACCCCAAAAUAACAACAACGGUUUGGGGAUGCAAGUAAAUGGCGGCACAUUUCAUAACAUUAAUCCUUUUCUUCCGCGGUCAUCCAGUUAAUGUACAUAUAAGAGAUAUUACAACUAGCUACUUGAUUUAAACCAUGAUACUAGGAACAGUUAAAUCUAAGCGCAC